GUGAGCUUUGUUUAAGGAGGAGCGUACARACCCUCAGGUCUUACAAGUUUAGUACGGCUUUCUGUUAUUUUUAGUGGUUAUGGUUGAUAAUAGUUAUCACGCCAAGUUUAAAAGCAGAAGCAACGCUUAAAUAUACGCUUUAACACAGCUAACUACUUGAUGUUUCUCUAACUUGCAUUUGGAUGAUGCAAAUUGCAGCUGUCAGUGUCCAGCUCAGCUGUCAAACUGUUAUCUGGUGAUAUGCGGUCCUUGAGCUAUGUUCAGCGUGUUAGUUUGGAUUUCACCGUAACUCUUUUCCCUCAUGCAAUUUGUCUUGGGGAUGCGGAUAAUGACUCGCUGAAUGAACUUAUUGUGGGUGACACCAGUGGAAAGCUGCAUGUGUACAAGAAGGAUGACUCCAAGCCUUGGAUCACUAGAACAUGUGUGGGCAUGCUCACCUGUGUUGGUGUUGGAGACAUAUGCAACAAAGGAAGGAACUUUGUAGUUGCUGUGGGUGCAGAGGGAUGGUUUCACCUGUUUGACCUGUCUGCAGUGGCAGGAGCCAAGUCAGAUUUAUCCAGCCAGCAAGAGGCGCUGUUCUCUGACGACCAGAAACCCUGCUUCUCUCAGCACAUUCCUGCCAACACCAAAGUCAUCCUUAUUAGUGACAUAGAUGGGGAUGGGCGCAGUGAGCUUGUAGUGGGAUACACAGACCGUGUGGUGAGAGCGUUCCGGGAGGAGCCCACCGAUUCUUCAGACCUGAGCUCUGGACAGCUGGUCCUGCUGAAGAAGUGGCUUCUGGUAGGACAGGUGGACAGCCUGUCAGUAAACCCAGACCUAGAGGGUCUUCCUGAACUGAUGGUGUCCCAGCCUGGUUGUGGCUUUGCCAUCCUGCUGUGCACAUGGACACAACAGGGCUCCUCUGAGGUGGGGCCUGGGGAGGAGGCCCCACCCACUCCUGGCAGCGAGGGUCCCUCCAGAGACGUCUUUCUGCAUCUGACCACUGGUCGGAUCCACAACAAGAACGUCUCCACUCAUCUCAUCGGGAGCAUAAGCAGAGGCUCCAAAGGCGACUCCUCUAAAUGCGGCCUGUUUGCCCUCUGUACUCUAGAAAGCACACUGAAACUGAUGGACAGUUCAGAGCAGUUGAAGUGGUCAGUUUCUUUAGUGACUGCCUGUGACCGUGCGGGCGACGGCAGAGAGGAGGUGGUGGCGUGUGCCUGGGAUGGUCAGACCUACAUCAUCGACCACAACCGCAUGGUGGUGCGGUUCCAGUUUGACUAGAACGUCAAUGCUUUCUGUGCAGGUCAGUACACCUGUACGGAUGGCAAGAACAGCCCCUGUCUGGUGUACGUCAGCUUCAACCACAAGAUCUAUGUGUACUGGAGGGUGGAGCUGGAGCGCAUGGAGCCCACCCAUCUCCUUAGGGUCCUGGAGGAGAGGCCAUAGUUCAAGGCCCGGCUGGAGCAACUGGGAGUGGACGCCGAGGACAGGGAGGCCGUGAGAGAGCUGGUGGGAGACACACUCUACGGACACACGCUGAAGAAGCAGGCCGGAUGACCUUAACACGACCCUCACCUCUCCACUCCUCCAACCCCCCACCUUUCUCUUUCUCCUAAUUUAUGUAAAUACUCUGAAUAAAGGCUGAAGCACACACUGA